AUGGGAGACAUGGGAGAUCCACCAAAAAAAAAACGUCUGAUUUCCCUAUGUGUUGGUUGCGGCAAUCAAAUUCACGAUCAGUAUAUUCUGAGGGUUUCUCCGGAUUUGGAAUGGCAUGCGGCAUGUUUGAAAUGUGCGGAGUGUAAUCAGUAUUUGGACGAGAGCUGUACGUGCUUUGUUAGAGAUGGGAAAACCUACUGUAAAAGAGAUUAUAUCAGGUUGUACGGGAUCAAAUGCGCCAAGUGCAGCAUCGGCUUCAGCAAGAACGACUUCGUGAUGCGCGCCCGCUCCAAGGUGUACCACAUCGAGUGUUUCCGCUGCGUGGCCUGCAGCCGCCAGCUCAUCCCCGGGGACGAGUUCGCGCUGCGGGAGGACGGGCUCUUCUGCCGCGCGGAUCACGACGUGGUGGAGAGGGCCAGCCUGGGCGCCGGCGACCCGCUCAGCCCCCUGCACCCGGCGCGGCCGCUGCAAAUGGCAGCCGAGCCCAUCUCCGCCCGGCAGCCGGCCCUGCGGCCCCACGUCCACAAGCAGCCAGAGAAGACCACCCGCGUGCGGACUGUGCUGAACGAGAAGCAGCUGCACACCUUGCGGACCUGCUACGCCGCCAACCCCCGGCCCGACGCGCUCAUGAAGGAGCAACUGGUGGAGAUGACCGGCCUCAGUCCCCGCGUGAUCCGGGUCUGGUUUCAGAACAAGCGGUGCAAGGACAAGAAGCGGAGCAUCAUGAUGAAGCAGCUCCAGCAGCAGCAGCCCAAUGACAAAACUAAUAUCCAGGGGAUGACAGGAACUCCCAUGGUGGCCGCCAGUCCAGAGAGACACGAUGGUGGCUUACAGGCAAACCCAGUGGAGGUGCAAAGUUACCAGCCGCCUUGGAAAGUACUGAGUGACUUCGCCUUGCAGAGUGACAUAGAUCAGCCGGCUUUUCAGCAACUGGUCAAUUUUUCAGAAGGAGGACCGGGCUCUAAUUCCACUGGCAGUGAAGUAGCGUCGAUGUCCUCUCAGCUCCCAGAUACACCUAACAGCAUGGUAGCCAGUCCCAUUGAGGCAUGA